AGCUGAAGACCUUCCAGGGAAGGGCCUCCUCCUGUAACUGGAGGGACCAUGACAGCGAAUAGAGGAGCCAGGACCUUCUUAUCUGUCUUCCUGCUGUGCUGCUGGCAAGGCGCUGAGCUGCAGCCGAUCACGACAACUUCAGAUGAAAUUCUAGCCCAGGAGAUUUUGGAGCCCAAAACAUCAGCAGUGUCUGAAACAUCACCACGACCAAGAUCAUCGAUACCGACAACAGUACAAACCAAGGAAAUAAAUGCUGGUAUUGAUGAAAACUACCAAGAAGAAGCCCUUGAGAACUACCACGAGGUCCUGGAAAACAUAGAACACUUGUCUACAAAGGAGGAAAGUGGCAAAAAUGACAGAAGCACGGUUGCGAACCUUCAUGCCCACAGCUCUCAGACUAAGCAUGGGCCACCCUCGUCUCCUGAAGGAAAGGAGAGUUCAAACGAUGAUGUNUAUGGGAAACUGUCUGUUCUGGACAAAAUCCUUGAAAACAUAGGACAAUCUGAAGGCAGCCUGGAGCUAACAGGCAAGUGGCCCCUGAUCAGCAGGUCCCCUGCCAGACUGAGGUGGAGGAAGAAUGCCACUUGCAACUGA